AGAGACACAUACACACAUAUAACUACAGUAGAUAUAAAGAAGCCCACUGUCUUUACAGCACGGCAGUAGGAAAUGCUGCUCAGACUAAUGGCGUCUUCACAACGCGUCGGACCGAUCAGCUGAUUCUUAUAUCUGGCUGCAAAACUACAAGAAGACAUAAGCUCUCCAGCAGGAACCAUGACCACAGCUAGGUACCGACCCACCUGGGAUUUGGCCCUGGACCCACUGGUGUCUUGUAAGCUGUGCCUUGGAGAGUUUCCUUUGGAGCAAAUGACCACCAUCACCCAGUGCCAAUGUGUCUUCUGCACCCUGUGCCUGAAGCAGUAUGUGGAACUUCUCAUCAAAGAGGGCUUUGAAACCGCAAUCAGCUGUCCAGACUCGGCCUGCCCAAAACGUGGACAUUUACAGGAAAAUGAGAUUGAAUGCAUGGUGGCCACAGAGAUAAUGCAGAGGUACAGGAAGCUCCAGUUUGAGAAGGAGGUGUUGCUGGACCCGCGCCGGACCUGGUGCCCGUCUUCCACGUGCCAGGCGGUAUGCCAGCUGAAAGAGUCUGACACGACACUUCCGCAGUUGGUACGGUGCAACGUCUGCACACACGAGUUCUGUUCCGCCUGCAAGGCCAGCUGGCACCCGGACCAAGACUGCCAGGAGAACGUCCCCAUGACCUCCUUUCUACCUGGAGAGAGCAGUUCUUUCUUUAAGGCCAACGAUGACAACACGCCCAUCAAACGCUGUCCAAAAUGUAAAGUGUAUAUAGAGAGAGAUGAGGGAUGUGCCCAGAUGAUGUGUAAAAACUGCAAGCACGCUUUCUGCUGGUACUGCUUGGAGUCUCUGGACGAUGACUUCCUCCUGAUUCAUUAUGACAAAGGACCCUGCCGGAACAAAUUAGGCCACUCGCGAGCCUCCGUGAUCUGGCACAGAACGCAGGUCGUUGGAAUCUUCGCCGGUUUCGGCCUCCUCUUACUGGUAGCCUCACCAUUUCUGCUGCUGGCCACACCUUUCAUUUUGUGCUGCAAGUGCAAAUGCAGUAAAGGUGACGAUGACCCUCUUCCCACCUAACAGCUCGUUCCGAAGAGUCGCUGUGUGAGGAAUUCCGGUCAUCUCCUUUAAUCGUUUUUCUUUUCUUCCUCCGCCUUUGAGCUCUUCAUCAACCGGUGGGACUUGUAACAUGAGCAACUCAUGCCACGGUUACACAGCAGCAUAGCUGGCUGAGUAGGCUACAUCGCGGCAGGCUCAAAGAGUCCAAAGGGGACCUCAUGAGCCGCUUGCUUAGGUGGAGGAUUUGAGAGGUAGAGUAUCCUCUCAGCAGUACCGCAGGAAACAGCAUGGUGAUUGUAUGGGGCACUUGUAUUUUUUGUAUGUGGUGGAUGUUACGCAUAUGUGGCUGUCCUGACGGGUUCUGUUUUAACACAAACAUUUAGUCGGUGUGCAAAGAAGCAGUUCAGUUAUUUCUUUAUCACUAGUAUUACACAGAGAUGGGGCUUGUCUGUCAGUUUCAAUGUGAGCAUAUAUCAUUUCUUUGUCUCAAAUGUAUAAAAACAUUGCAGUUUUAACAUGAAGUCUGUUAAUCUAAACCCACAGAAAAAUGAAAGCCCUAUUCCAAAACCUAGUGAGCUGUCUUGCUUUCUCUGCCUAUAAAGGCAAACUUGGAACAAGUGACAAAUUUGAAACGCAACUCUGUACGUCUAACAAUUCAUUUGAAUACAUUAGCAUGUUGCUAAGUUAAAAGCGUUUAAGCUAAUAACCAUUAAAAUAAAAUACACACUAAAUAAUUUUUAAAUAGACUGGACUACUUCUCAUUAAAACUCUUAGUAUUGAAUAUGUAUCUAUAGUCUAUAGUGGAUUUAUUCUGUCACUGAGCUUGUUGAAGUGCAUUCUGGGAUUGCCUUUCCUGCAAUGGAUGCAUGCUGUAAUGCCUUUAAAAUUUUGGCCAAAAGAAGGUAUUUUAAUAAAGUUGCCUACCCUUUGAAACAGCCUUCUCUCCAGCAAUGCACCUUUCAUGCCUUACAGUGUUUCCAAAGGCAGCUCAAGAGGUUUUGGAACGGAGGAAUAUAAGCAUUAUGAUUUAAGGGCUGUUCUGUGAAGUUUAAUCUUAUCCAAACACCUAAAAUUGCAAGUAGCUAAAUGCAAACGGUCCAAAUACUGAAACCAAAUUAUUAAAAUGUAUCAUUGUUAAGAGCCUUUUAACCUAAACUGCAUAUAUGCUUUGUAAACAGACUUAAUUUCGGUCUCUACGGAUCUUUUUUGGAUAUGUCAAGAUGAGUGCAAAGAUAUUUUGGAGAUUUUAUGGCUAUUAAGCUGUAUUUUUUGUCAGAUGGUUUAAAACUUGUAUACAGUUUGUAUCACUUGCAACAUUUUCAGUUUUGGAACAGUCUCUAAUUCUAACAGGGAUUAUACACUGAUUCAAGCUUCAGCUCUGUAUCUAUGCAAGUUUAUACAAAUUGUAGAUAAAAAAUGUGGCUUUUGCUGUCUUGAAUUAAAUGGUUGCAGGUUUAUGUAUACAGUGGUUUUCUAGCUAAAGGAGAGCUAUAUCAAUGUAUGUUUAAAACAGUUCAGCAUUUCUGAAAACAUUGGAAAAUAAUUUCUUGCUUUAAAUGGACUUUAGAGUUAUACUAUUUCAAUGUUAUCAUCUUGCCUGCACCACAUGGCUCAUUUUUAAAAGCUAUUGUGCCAUCAUAUGUUUCAUAAAUACAGGAAUGGAGCACCAGCCAUAUUUGUAGCUGGACUAUAUGUAGCUCAUCUCCUCAAAAUCCUUUGUGAUAUUUUCUCAUCUAACAUUUGCAAUUUAUCUUUUAUAAUGAGGGAGUGCCAUAUUGGAGGGUGAUGGUGAAGGGGUUGUCUUUUUUUUAUAAAUUUUUUCCUAGCCCUAAGUUACUUAUUCUCAGUAUAUUAAGGGCCCAAGCACGGGGGCCUUAACAUGCUCGAAAAGUCUUGAAACUUGGCACAAACGCUGGAGUCGUCGCCAUUCGGACCGGGCAAAGGCUGGUACACGGGUGUGACGGGGGUUCUGUAAUGAAAAAAAAUCUUGGUGCACAUAUCGUGCAUACAUGUUUGUAAAACUUGAUAUGUGCAUAGAUAUUAUCGUUCCGAACAACUUUUGCGAUUGUUUGAAAAGUGCAUGUAGCAAACUUUUAAAUACUCCUCCUAGGGGAUUCAUGUGAUUGACAACAAGUUUGGUGAACAUGAUGCCAAGACAUUGGAGAUAAAUUGUAAAGGGAUUUUUAUAUCUCAAACGCUGUUGCCAUGGCAAGGCAACAAAUUUAUGGCGAAAUCAGAAAGAGGAAUGUCUUAUAUCUAAGGCAUACAUUCUGAUUGUGAUUAAAAUGUAAGGUGUAUGUUUGGCCAUGGAGUCUGAUCACAUUGAUGUGGCUACUGUAAGUCCCGGCAUAGUGCCACUAACUGGCGCCAGGAAGUGUGUCAGUCACAAAAGUGGAUUACAGUUGCAUGCGAUUAACUUUUAAAUACUCCUUUUAGGGGAUCCAUGCGAUUGACACUAAAUUUGGUGAGCAUGAUGCCAAGACAUAGGAGAUUUUAAAUUGCGAACAGAUUUUUGAUAUUUAAAACGCUGUCGCCAUGGCGAGGCAGUAGAUUUAUGGCGAAAUCAGGGAAACAGGAAGUGUAUUAUAUCUACUGCAUACAUUAAGUGAUUUCAAUCACAUCUGAGAAAUAUUGGUUUGGUUAUGGGGUCUGAUCAUAUUGAUGUAGAUAUUGUAAGUCACAGGCAUAGCGCCGCCAGCUAGCAACAGAAGGUGUGUCUCGUAAAACAGACUUUAAAAUUGUCCGCAUAUAUUUACCGAAUUCAAUACAGACAUGAUCAGAAAAAUGUAGAGACGUGGCUGAUGUAAAUUUGUUAAAAUGGUUUUGUGAUAUGUUGCCAUGGCAACCUGUCAAACUUCAAUAUUACAUUCAGGUGUAUUUAAGGCUCUGAGCAGGCUUAAAAUGUCACGAAAUUUGGCACAGACGUCAAAGUUGUUGGUCGGUAGGCGUGUGCAAAACUUGGGUGUGGCAAAAGAGUUCUGUAGUGCCCGCUUUUGAGUAAAGUGGUGGGGUUAGUUUUGCCUACAGUCCCCGAACUAGUCAGUAACAACAUUCAAAUGGUCCACUGAUAUUUACUUAAUUGCAUGUGCCCACCAUGCAUCAUUUUCUGGAAACCACUAUGUAGCGAUGGCAACAUUGUCCGAGGGCCUGUCUUGCAGCUAUAUUUACAAGUUAUUUUUUAUGUUAAUCACAUCCAUUCUUUUGUAGCAACUUGCAUUUUCACAUUUUAGCCUUAAAUUUUGGAGUACCUCAGUCAGUUGGAGUUUCUCUUCUGUAGGGUUAAGGUUUUGUUCAUUCCUUUUCUGUCUUUUUAUUGGUUUUGCUUACCUUCUAGAAUAAUCAUUUUAACACUUAACAACUUUUGUGAUGUUAAAGAUACCAUUAAUGCAUACAUAAAUAAAUGAACACAUGGCCAAAGUAUGGACUAAACUAAUCAUUUGCUAUACAUUAUAUGCAACAACUUUAUUAAUUUUUUUCUUGCGAAAGUACAUCUUUUAACAUCAUAAUAAUGGUUAUUCUCAGUCUCUAUAAUAUUCUGUUAAGAAAACUGACUUAUAAUUAAGUAAGUGUUUGACACCUUUAGCUACAGUAUAUCAUUCCCUAAUUUGAAACCAUAGCAAAAAUAUGAUAAAUAAAAGCAAAGCACAUCAUAUGUCACUUAUGAAUAGCACAGACGUUCCUCUGUUGAGUGAAACCUAAUUGUUGUUGUUUUUUCAGCAACAUUUGACUGUUUCUGUGCAAAUAACUAUUGUAAUGCAUACACAUACAUGUAUAUAUUGAUAGUGCCAAGCAGAUUUUUAUGACAUUUGGAAAGAAAACACUUUUUGGGUAAAUAUGUACUCAUGAGAGAUUUUGAUGUAUGGGCUAUAAAAUCUCAGAAGAGUGAGUUUCAUUUAUAGUGUAUUUACAUUUGGUCUCAGUAUCCAUUUGAUGUUUUAUGUUUAUGUAAUAUACUUGUGUAAUAUAAUUGUUUUCCUUCAGGGUUAUUGAAAUAGCACUUUGGCUUUUCAUUUAGUUGGUGCCUAUUUUGUUUCUUCUUUUUGGGUAGCAUAGAAAAUGUAAUUUGUUCCUUCAACAUAUUGUAACUAGAAAAAGCAUCUUAAAAUACAGUAUAGAUUUUACAAACAGCCAAAUACUGUAUUGUUCCUGUUUGUAAGAAUUUGCCUGUUGCACAAAACUUAGCUUUGCCAGUUUAUUUUUAUUAACACAUUAAACUAUGUAUGUGUCUGUCUGUCCAACAAACAGUUUGCUUUCUUUUUCCAUAAGGUGGACCCUUUGUAUUAAUGUUUCUGGUUUUAAGCUAUAUUAUAAUUUAGCUAUAUUUUAGCCAUAUAACAGCUGUAAAACAUGGCAAUUAUUUUUGCCUAUUUUUGUAUGUAAUUUAGGGACCUUGUCAGUGCACCUUAUCAAAAUGGGUUUGCCUUUCAAAUCUUCUUUAGAUGACCUUUUUAUGUGUUUGUUUUUGAUACAUCAUAAAGAAAUGUGUGUUUUACUGUAAAUUGGCACCAGAUCCCACUUGUACAGUUGCAAUGUUGUUAAAUUGCAUGUGUGUGAUGUCUUGAGGUAUAAAAAAUACAACUACAAGAAAUACAACAUUACCUGUAUUGUCCGUGCCUAAUAAAAAGCAUACAUAUUCAUGA